AUGUUUCUUUCAAAAGUCUCCCGACUGUUGGUGAAGCUUGGUGAAGAAAUGAACAACGAUUUCAGGAAUGGCGAAAAUAUGAAGUGGGUUUGCAUGAACCGAAUGUUUACGUUCUACUCUUUUCAACCUCAUACUUAAAGAUUUUCAUACUUAUAAGGUCUAAAAUACUUAAAAGAAUAUUAAAAAUGAGGGCUGUGAAUCUUCAUUGGCACGUUCCUUCCUCCGGUUUUAAUGAGUAGAAUUCCGCUGUCAUCCUGUCACCAUCUCUUCAUAGAGCCUCCUGCCUCCUCCGCAGGCCCUUACUAUUUAUAGAUCAGUGUAUAUAUAGACAUAUCAGUUUAAUAUAUAGAUCAGUGGCUGAACAAAUCUGUUGCCUUCGCCCCUCAAUCAAAACUCUAUCCUCCAAUGUCUCCCUUUAUCCUCCUCCCCGCGAAUUUAAUAAAGCGACUGGGGACGAGGCAGAUAGAGCCUCUCUUUUUACGCAACCUCGCCCUGUAAUUUACGUGGAAUGUACAUGUAAACUGAAUCAAGCAUUUGGUAUCUAACUCGCAACUCUCCCAAGUGCAAGAUAAUUAUCCUUACCCCUCGCUUGGGCUUUUUUAUACUUCUAUAUAACUCGCACUAUCUGAAAAAUUACAUAUUACACGUUUUCGACAGGAAACAAAGUCAAAGUUUUGGCAAGCCUUGGUUUGCUAGAGAACUGCAAGAUAUCGAGGGAUUUGCAGAUGAAAAUGUAAUGUGAUACUUAAAUAUAUACUAACAUUGUCAACUUUUUGUAAUUACGAUUGGAAGAAAAUGUAUUCCUCCGUGUUUCUUCAACAAAGGAAACUGGUGUAUUUCUGACUAAUUUGCGAAUUUUGUUUUCUGUAGAAUAUAAUUGAUAUUGCAGGGAAUGUGUUUGUGGAUAGUGAGCCGGAAGUUCUGCCUCCCGAGGUACGGGUAGAUAUUUUCUGAUAUUUAGAACCAUCAUACUGACACGCAAGAUCUUUUCAGCCUUUCUUUGCAUGUAUAAAUUCUACUAAAAAAAAACGCUCAUACUUACACUUAGCCGGGGUGGUUGACGUUUGGAGGUGACACAGACAUAGAUUCCAAACACGAGCGCGCCAAUGGCGCAGCAAUCCUAUGCCCUUCGGCGACACCAUAGCCUACGGUGUAUACCCCAGGUUUCUGCUGGGGUCUACACCGUAGGCUAGCUACACCACUGCAUAGACAUUAUAAUACUAGUUCAUGAAAAAAUUAGCCAUCCAUUCUUUUAUUCUUGUUGAAUGAUAGUCCUUGAAACUAUGUUCAAAUAUACUUGGAUCAAGCACACUCGUGAAACUGAAUAAGUUUCUUACGCAGUCCACGGGAUAAAGCCUGGUUCACUGACUAGCAAUUUUGUCGGUGAUUUUGUGUUUCUGAUGGAUGCAAAUGAGUGAACUCGCACGCAAAAGUGUCGAGUGUCAAUUCUAUAAGUCUUCUGCAUGUCAUUCAUUUGAUCACAUUUGCCAUGCAGGAGGAGAAAAAUCGCCGACAUGCAGAAUUGCUAGUGUGAACCAGGCUUAAAGUUUGAUUGCACACAUCCUAGUUCAUAUCCACAUUUUGGGAAGUAUUCUGCUUUUUCCAGGUUGAUUUGCUAGAUAUGUCCACUGUGGAUGUGAUACUGAUAUCAAAUUGUUUUUUUAUGUUCGCACUGCCAUACAUCACAGAGGUAUAAUAUUUUUGCAUGUAAUACUACCGAAGAUUUGUGACGUGUAUAUUGUGGAUUGUGCAUGUAUUUCUUCACUUGCGCAUGUAUUUCUUCACUUGCGAGUUGCAUUCGUUUCUAUUUUGCUGUGUUAUGAUAUCUUCUAGCAUACGAACUUUUCUGGUACAAUCUACGCAACAGAACCUACGCUUCAAAUGGGAAGGUAAUACUUUCAUCUUACAUGGUAUACACCUGUUGAACAUAUUUCUUCAUUCUUUAUUCUUUAUAGACAUUAUUUCAUUAAAAUGGUCCCAUUUGAACAUGCUUACUCCAUGAGUUAUCAGGGUUCCAAAUAGAAGCUGGCACCCAUGCGAUUUUCGCCGUUUAUAACCUAGACAAUCGCUAGUUAUUUCUCGAAAUUAUAAGCCAAAAUAUUUCCUACUCACCUUAAUUAGUAAUGUCAAGGGAAGCGUUUGUCGCUUUCAAACCACACAUUUUACACGAUAUUCUUUGUUAAAUAUUUGGAUAUGAAAUUUCGAAAACUAGUGUUCAAAAUGACUAGAAAUGCCAUUUCAAAGUGUCUAAAUUUCAAAAUCUUCAUGCAUUAUGUGAAGGUCCACUCCCAUCCCUAGAUGAGUGGUACUGUAACUCUGGCGCUAAAUACCGCCUACUUCUUUCAAAAAGUCUCCUACUCCAAAUUCUAUUACGAAGUUGGGGAACCCUGUGAGUGAGUUAUACUACUUCGUUUGCCAUGAAAAGAAGUUGUUCUUUCGUUAUACUGUAGUUUUACAUUUAUAUGGAUAUAGUAAUUCUCUUAAAUGCAUAGUGUUGAAACCAAAAAACCCUAAGACUUCAUAACGUUGAACUGCAUAAGACUUUAUUUGUAGUGAACUGAUGCAUGAAAUGGUUACAUUUGCUGAGCGAGUACCUAAAUUAGCCAACGGCACUGCUUGGAAAAGAGCUGAAAUAAAAAGGU